UGCUAUGCACGUGCAAAAGAUUGAAUCAUCCAUCCACGCUAACUGAAUCUGUAACAGCGUGACACAGGCCAUCUCCGCUUUGGGUUCUUCAAACCGCGUUUCUCUCGAACCGGACGUCGUUGGAUACGGUCCAACCGGGUUGAAGCCGCUGCUUGGAAAUCACAGACCUGGAGGCGGCGGCACACGACGGAUUUGUGGAAUGCGAGUGAUUGGAUUCCAAAAUGACUUCGAACCCUUCACUUCUCCCUGAGAUCGGACCUGACGGUCUCGCUAAAGAAGCCCCCGUCAUCAGCUACACAGAGAAGAUCAUCGAAGCAGAACAGCUUCAAUUGCAGAAAUACAUUCAAGAAAACUAUUCUAAAAUUCGUGAUGUGGAGCGUGAGCUUGCAAAUCUUUCACUGGAGAUGAAACUUACAGCUGGUCCGAAAAAAGCAGCACUUGAACAUUUGAGAAAGAAAAUUGAGACGUCAACAGAAAGAAUCCGUGUGGCCAAGCUAAAGGAAGAGCAGGCACGGAAGGUGUGGGAAUCAGCCUCACAAGUAGUACGAGAUGAGGAAGCAAUGAAACAAAAGCUAUGUGAAGACUUGAGUAAUCUGGUUCAAGAAAGCAGUAACUCUCAGUUUGCUCGGCUGGAGGAAUUAAAAAGAAGAUUGGAAGCUUUGAAUCCAAGUCGUGCAUCAACUAAUCUUUAUCAUGAUGGGAGAUCGGCAGCUUCUUCUCAGGAUAGUACACCCCAGCAUGGUUCCUCUGUCCCCAAUGCAAAGGAGUCGAAUGAGGGAUCAACCGAGAGCGUUUCCAACCAAAGUAAUUGUCAGAAAGCUGCAGCGAGAAAUGGACCUAAUCAGCAGCCACAUAAUGAAGGCGAAGGAAGAAGUAAGAAGAAAGUCAACUUGCAAUCAAAAGGGAAGGGAAUUGGUGUUGUGACCAAGGGUAGAUCUUCAACUCCUGGCUGGACUGGGGCUGGCUUCGAUGUAGAUGGCAGAACCUGAGAGCACUAUACUAUCGUAAGAUAUUACUGAACUAAAUAUUUUUUUGGGUGAGAUGUCCAUGGUAGGUACAUAUCCUUCCGUCCUUUGUUCUUGUUGCCCAUUAACUUGGAAGUGUAAUCUUCUUUCUCCCAUUAUAUUAUUUCCGUGACAGUUGGUUUAGCCAUGAUCCUAUAUAAUCCUAUAUAAAUCUCACGUGAUCUUUUUGAU